CAGGAACUCACUCCAACCCUACACUUCAAUUUUCUCAUCCCUAGCAAGAACCGCACACAAACCUCCUAUGUAGAACCUCUAUGGAAACUCAAAGGCAAGAGCUACGAGACACAAGGACGACUCAUGUUUAGACACGAAGAAAGGAUUGGGGGUCGUUCUAUUAACACCAUUAAGCUUACACGCACGAAGCUCCUAAAUUGAGAACGACCAUCGAAGUCACAAGGCUCAAAGGGGUUGACUAACAGAUGACACAUUUUGGGACAAUCAACAUUUGGGCGUGGACUAAUCCUAUGCCUCCAUCAUACUUUCUAGCGACAAUUGUGAUGCCACACACCGUGGUAAGAGGGAACUAUCACAACGGAAGAAAACGAUCGUCUCAAAGCUCACAGGCUACCUAGUUACCCAACCAUCUAUUCCAAUUAACAAACACGAUGCAUGGCAAUUGUGAGCAACAAGUGAUCAAGUCAAGACAUCCAUUCAUUUAUGCACACCUGAGAACUAAACUUUUGCCCUAUCCUAAUGAAAUUAUCAAUCAUCAUCAUAGGAUAUACUCGAUCACAUGCAACAAUUCAAGAUCAAUGCAACUAAACACGAGAAUUUCCCACCAUCUGGCCACUUUGCUCAUGCAAACAUUGCUUGGAGCCCUCAAAUUUUUGAAAUUUGGGCAUACAAAAGCUCCAAGCAUCAAUCACACUCACAAAAGCGUACUAGUAAACUACCCCCCCCCCCCCACACACACACACAUAAACUCGACAUUGCCCUCAAUGGCGUAAGAAAGGGGAAGAAUGAUGUUACCGCUUGGGCUUGGUGAGUGAAAGUUGGAAUCGAACCGGGGUAAGAUAAUUUGAGAUUCAAGGAUAGACAAAAAACACACACACAAACACAAUACGACUCGCUCGAGGAGAGGUUAUUACAAGCACAAUACAUAGUAGUAGUUUAUGUCACACACACACAAAAUGAAGUAAACUAACAAAAAUAAAAACAAGUUCAGUGUUACAAGUAGAGAAGUGGGGUGAAAGGACUCCGCUCUACCACAUGUCUCACUCGUCGGCUACCUCUCUCUGGUGGAUACCAUGGCGUCGAGCCAUAAGCUCGAAGAUGUCGGUCUACCGUUCGAGGCGGGAUGAGAAUCCCAUGAAGUUCGUCUCUAGGCAAUCCACCCUCUGGAUGAGGGGAUCGCCUGCUGGUGGUGGUGGUGGGGGUGAUGGAGCGUUGCGCGUCGAUGGCGGCCGGGUGCUUGAGCAGGUGGCUGCUCUGCUGCUGGCGGUCCUCUCUCUUUCUUACUAGGCGACAAAGCAGAAUCCCCUAUGUAGAAGAAAUCCUUUGACCUCGAACUCAUUGCUAAAAGUAUCUUAGAAUACCUAAUUAUCUCCUUUCUUUCCCAAGCUACCUAUCCAAGAGCCUAGACAAGGUAGAGGACAGACAAGGAAGACAUUAGGACAUAGAAGAACUCUAUAUGAGAAUUGCUUUCGUCACUCUUUGAGGUCGGAGAAAGAAUCUAUUCAAUAGUCGAAAUGAAGAGGGGCAGUCCAGCCUGAUCUUCACUAGGGAUUAGAUGUCCAUAAGCUUGAUGAGUUCUUGAUCCUUCUUUUAUUUUUGGCCAUUGAUCUAAUUGCAGUUCUAGGACCUGUUUCAAUUCGUCCAAUAAAAUAGAAAAGUUUCCAAACAUAGAGCAGCUCUUAUACGAGCUAUUCUGGGCCCAAUAAAAAGUGGAAUUUGUGCUUGUGGGAAUUAUCGAGCAAUCGGAGAUAUCGUAUUCAUGAUCCGAAUCACACGAAUAACUAUUAAUAUGUUUUUUCUUUAUAUAGAUUUAUUGAUAUAUUGAUAUUUAUAUAUUAUACUAUACUAUAGAAAAAGAAAGAAGUAGAAAAUACGAUAUGCCAAUUUUUUUAAUAAUCUUCUUUAGUUCAUACUACCUUUUUACCCGGCCCGUUGGUCGAAGAGAUUUAUUCAUAAUUUAUAUUAAUUAACUUAUUUAUAUGUUUAAAUAAUUUUUGAUCUUCUAAAUAUUUUGUGUUCUUGAUUCAUAAAAGAGUUUGUAGUAUGUCUAUAUUGAAAAUUUCCAAUAUUUAGUACACUCACUUCUGAUGCUUUGGUUUUCUAAUCAUAAAUUAUGCCGCUGUCACGUCUCAUUUAGAAAUUAUGUCAAAAUUUGUCAACCAAAGCACUAAUAUUUAGCGUAUGCCAACAUGAACCACACACACAUAUGUAUAUAUAUAGUUCAAGCUAGCGUGCGCCUGGAGUACGCUAUACUCUUGCGUUCACACUACCAUAAGACCAUUGAGUUUUACUAUUUAGACUCCAGAGUUUUUUGGGGCAUGAUACUAUACCCUAACCUCUAAUAGGUGAACUCCAAUCUUUAAUUCUCUAACCUCUAAUUUAUGCAAAUACUUUGUCAUACCUAUCUUCUAUCGUAUCUUGAGUAAAAUCAAAAGAUAGUAUACCUAGAUAUUAUAUAUAUGUAUAUGUGUGAGUAUAUAUAUAUAUAUAUAUAUAUAUAUAUAUAUAGUAGACUCAAAAUUAUCUAGAUACUUUGUCAGACCUAUCUUAUCUCGCCUAAUACUCAUAUUAAAAGUGCUACUUGCCUAUCCCUCACCCUCGGGAUAGAGAUCCCGCUUUUACCCCCAUAACGUCAGACAGCCAUUGGGGUUGUCUAUCGUGUAAUUUGUAAUAUAUAAAGAGGCAAAUCCUAAGAUCCUGCUAUUUAUUUCUUAUCCUCUCCCGCCGCCCCCUUUAUGGAGAAUAAAGGUAGGGAUGGCAGGAUCAUAGCUCGAUAUGAUUUUAUUCUAUUCAUCGUAUCGCGUCCGUCAAAUUCAGGCGUUGGUACAUUAUACUGGGUGGCAGAUUUUUGGUACACGACCUCAGAGGUUAUGUUAUUUUUUGAUUUUUUUGGGCUUCUUUUCAUUCUUCUUUGGCACCUAUGGUUGUGAUCAGAGGUAUUUAGCCCCCGAAAGGGAUUGAGAUUUUAGGUCCUUUUUAAAUCCAAUACACAAUCAUGACUCUCAAGUUUGGACGAACUCUCCACAAAUGUUGUAAAGAUUAGGACUUUUUAGUGAGAUAUUCUUAGUAAAGAUACUUCAUUAUUGGAUCAAUUUAUUCAUCCAUAUUGAAACUUAACACACACCGUAGUCCUCGUGAUAAUUAAAUUAAAUUCUAUAA